CCGAGCGCGGCGGCACUUAGUGAGGUGGCCUCCCUAAGACGCGGCGACUCCGGGUUCCCCGCGAUGCCGAGACCGGACCCGGACAGCUUGCCUCUCUGAGCCGGUCUCAGCGCGGAAGGCACAGAGGGAGCCCAUGGCGGACUCCUCCGAGCCUGGGCGGCGGGCGGCCGCGGGCGGCGAGAGCCUGGACGAAGAAGAGGACGAGGAGCGGGAGCCGCUGCUGCCGCGGAUCGCCUGGGCCAGGCCGCGGAAGGGAGCCCCGGGGACCGCCGUAAGGCUAGGGGAGCCUGCCGGGGAGACGGGCGCCGCGUCCCUGGGCGAGGCGGGCAACAAGGAACUGCUGCUCCGACCCGCAGACUCGCCCCACUGCCCCUCCCGCGAUGUGGGGCUCCCUGGAAGCUCACCCACCGACCAGGACUGGAGCCGCUCCGCGGGCUCAGAAUUGAAUGCAUUCUUGGAUGAUCCAGUGUUUGCUGAAGUUGUACUGAAAGCAGAGCAAGCAAUCGAAUUUGGAGUUUUUCCAGAAAGAAUCUCUCAAGGUUCAAGUGGAAGUUACUUUGUGAAGGAUCCUAAGAGGAAAAUCAUUGGUGUGUUUAAGCCCAAAUCAGAAGAGCCUUAUGGUCAACUGAAUCCAAAGUGGACCAAAUAUGUUCAUAAGGUCUGCUGUCCUUGCUGCUUCGGCAGAGGCUGCUUGGUGCCCAACCAGGGGUAUCUCUCCGAAGUUGCUGCCUCCCUUGUAGACGAAAAGCUUCAUCUGAGCGUUGUACCAAAAACAAGGGUGGUUUGGCUUGUCAGUGAGACGUUUAACUACAGUACAAUUGACCGUGCAAAAGCUAGAGGCAAAAAGUAUGCCUUAGAGAAGGUGCCCAAAGUAGGUAGAAAAUUUCAUCGGAUAGGACUCCCUCCUAAGAUUGGUUCCUUUCAGUUGUUUGUUAAAGGUUAUAAGGAGGCGGAAUUUUGGCUUAGGAAAUUUGAAGCCGACCCUUUGCCUGAGAAUAUUAGAAAACAGUUUCAGUCACAGUUUGAAAGAUUAGUGAUUUUGGAUUACAUCAUCAGAAACACAGACAGGGGAAAUGAUAAUUGGUUAAUCAGAUAUGAAAAGCAGAAACAUGGAACAAAAACUAAGGAAGCAGAUUGGACCGAUGAUAAAGAAUCGCUUAUUCAGAUAGCUGCAAUUGACAAUGGUCUGGCGUUUCCUUUUAAACAUCCUGAUGAGUGGAGAGCGUAUCCGUUUCACUGGGCUUGGCUUCCUCAAGCAAAAGUUCCCUUUUCUGAAGAAACAAGAAACUUGAUUCUACCAUAUAUUUCUGACAUGAACUUUGUGCAAGACUUAUGUGAAGACCUUUAUGAACUUUUUAAGAUUGACAAAAGAUUUAACAAAGCCACUUUUGAAAGUCAGAUGUCUGUGAUGAGGGGUCAGAUCUUAAAUCUUACCCAGGCUCUGAGAGACGGGAAGAGCCCUGUCCAGCUGGUGCAGAUGCCCUGCGUGAUGGUGGAGCAGAGCCAAGGGCGGGCGCGGGGCCGGGUUGUCCACCUCAGCAGCUCCUUCACGCAGACUUUCCACUGCAGGAAGCCGUUUUUCUCCUCCUGGUAGCAGAUGGGAGAGAGGCCUGCGUUCUUGUGCAGUUAAAAUGUAAAGUGUAUUUACAUUGCAUUGCAGUGAAGCAAAUCUGCUGUUAAGCGCUCGGGUUGCCAAAACCUCAAAUAAUAUGUGUUUUAAAGGUUAUGUUUUGAAUGUUAUCAAAAGUUUACAGUUUUUUGUCCAAAUAUUAGCUUUUUAUUUCAGGGAAGAACUGAUAUAUCUCCUCUAUUGUAUUUUUGCAGAAAAAUGUACUUUAUGUUGAUGAUGUUAGUUGCAAAGGUAAUUUCAUGGUUUACACAUUCUGAAAUGACUGUAAUUAUUUUAGAAUUUCAAAUAGAAAAAUAAGGUAUUUGUUGACUUUGAAUAAAAUAACUUUUUAUAUACUUUUUAAACAUCGAGAAGAAUGUUUAUGUUAAUUCUUCUUACAUUAUAAAAGCCUUUGAAUAUGAAACUACUCUUAUGAACUUAAUAGAUUAGUUAAUAGAAAAACAAGUAAGAACAAAGCAAUGUUGCCUUAAUUUAAAAAGCUGCUAUUUUAGAACUUGAAUAAGUCCCUAAAGUGACUAUUGUGAGGGACCAGAAAAUUAUAUCGUGGUUAAAAUAGUAGAUGACCUUUAUUUUUUUCUUUUGUACUUAAGAAUAUUUUUGGUCAUUUAUUUUAUUAUAAUUAGGAAAAAAUCUAAAGAUGUCCUGUUUUUAAAAAAAUAAAAACACUCAACUGAGACUUGAAGAGAAUUAUAUAAAAUUAAGGUAGAUCCUUAAUGUUUUUGAAAUUCCAGAACAGCAUUAAAAAUUCCUUUUCGUUCCUUGCAUGGAAUCAGUUACAUAAUCACUACUCCAGAUUACUGACCUUGUUCAGUUUAGUACUUCAGUUAGUGUUGAACUUCACUGAAAAGUAAACCAUCCUCAAAGUACGUAUUAGAUUGUACUUGGGGGUCCUAGGAUAUAAACUUUAAAAAAUAACAGCAGUAUUUUCAGGUACUUGAAAUUCCCAAUGUUAUAAUUACAGUCAAAUUUAGAACAUCCGCCUUAAUAACAGCGAACCAUGACAGAGACAACCAUAAAAUCACUUAUGUUUGAUUUUGAAUGUCAGUAUGUCUGACAUUCUGGGAAUUUGUAGCACUUUUAAUUCACUGAGGGAUUUAAAUUAUGAUGUCCCCAAUGUGAAGAUGUGAUUCCAAAGACACAGAAGCUUCAUUCUCUUCUUCAAGCUCCAAACAAAUACCACCACUUGGAAUGAGCAGGUCAGUUUAUAGUUUUGGCCUUUUGCUUUUUAAGCUUUCUGUCUUGUGAUUUUUUUUCUUAAUUAAGUACUUUUGCAUCAAAAGUACUCCCUGAAGGUCAGGUUAGGGUGGAAGACAGGUCCGUGGUUCUCUUCUUCUUCCUUCCUUUCUCUUAGCCUUUGUGGCUGUGAUGGGUGAGAACACCGCUGUCCCAGGAGAAGUGUCCCCCGCACCGACCCUUCACCGCCUUCCUGUGGACAGGAUGGAAAACUGGAAGUGGGGAGCUGAGCCCGUCUUCAGAUGAAUACUAGUCAUUGAAACGUGCCUUGGAAGGCGUGUUCUAAAAGAACUAAAUGGUUGUGAUGUGGGUAACUGCUUUCUAAAACCGUUCUUUUUUUCAGUAUGUUGAGAAUUACUAUAUUAAUUUUUAAUUUUUAUGAUGAAAAUCUCAGUAAGUUACUACUGUUUUAUGUCCUAAAAUUAAAAUAGUGUGGAAAUAUUUUUAAUGGUCUGACCAGGCCAGAAAAGCUAAGUCGAAAUAUUUAAGAUGUGAUUAUAAGUCAGAGUAUGUUGGUUAUAUUUUGUAAAUUUUCAUGAACUUGAUUCUUAUUUAAGUAUUGUGCUAAUUUUUUUCAGUGAAUAUAUUUAUAGUGUCAACUGUUAGACUAAAAGUAGUAGAAAUUGUUGUCUUAAGGCUAGAUUUCUCCUGAAGUAUGUGUAUUGAAUAUUUAGAUUUGUAAACAUGUUUAUGUUUAUAAAUGAUGCCAAACCACCAUUUUCUUACUUCAUAUCUUAGUAGUAUAGUUUAAGUCUUUAUAAUUUCAAAAGAUAUAUUUAACUAGGACCUUUAUAAUUGGAGACAUUUUAAUUUUAUUUAAUCAUAUGCUGCCUUAUUCUCCCCCAAAUGUGUCACCGUUGAAGACUGGAAACAUGACAUUUUAUAAUUGAAAAUAGUUUGAUUCACAAUUUUUGGUAAAUUUAAAAUACGAUACUGAUGGAAUUAAAGUUUUAUUUUAAAAUGA